UUGAGACGCAGCCGAAAUCUGAGCGAAAACUUCAGUCGGUGUGAGGCAGCGGGGCAGCGGGGAAGCAGGGAGCUGAAUUAUUGUGGUGAAGCGCGAUGGGUGUGCAGGUCCGAGUGGAAUAUUGUGGCGGAUGAGGCUACGAGCCCCGCUAUCAGGAGCUCAAGCGAGUUGUCGUCGCUGAGUUUCCUGAGGCGGCGGUGUCCGGCUUCGUCGGCAGACAAGGGAGCUUUGAGAUUGAAAUCAAUGGACAGUUGGUUUUCUCAAAGUUAGAAACCAGUGGUUUCCCUUAUGAAGACGAUGUAAUGGAUGCCAUCCAGAAAGCCCAUGACGGCAAGCCGGUGGAGAAGAUCACCAAGAGCCAGCCGCCUUGUGUGAUUCUCUAACACCUUCUGACCCAGAUUACCACACCCAACUCUCUGUGGCUGCUCAGGGAACACUGCCUUCCUGCCUGUUAUUUUGCAAGUUAAAGCUUUCCUGUGAGGCUGAACCCUGCAAGUUAUGGGUAAAACCAUUUAGAGUGAGAUGUGUGUAACGGGUCCUCUGGUGUUUCCUUUAAACUCGGCUUCUCACGGCGUGGCUCUUUGGACUUUUAUGAUUACUAUAGCUGAAAGAAGAAAGGCUGUAGUAUGAAACUCAUGAUCCAGACAUGCCUUAUAGCAGGAGUUGAGGGUAAGGGAAACAUUAGAGAGAAAAAAGAAGGGGUUCACACUAUGCCCAAAAAACUAAACAAAAAAACACAUAUAUGUAUAAAAUGCUUUGCUUGGGCUGUUUACUCUAUUUAUAAUUGUUAUUAUAAGUGCUCAAGUCUUUUGUUUUUUCUAUCUAUUUCACCUUAUUGGGUUAGAAGGUUAGACAACAUAGCGUGUUUACAUGCACUUCAUAUUAAAUAAUGUCUAAAAAUCUGAUUGAGAUCUGAUAGAGUGAGCUGGAUUUUAGCUCAGUAAUCACUUUUUUUCAGUCUACAUAUAUAUAUAUAUAUAUAUAUAUAUAUAUAUAUAUAUAUAUAUAUAUAUGAGUACUGGAGUAUUCUUAGAUUUCACAUUCUGUGCAUAAGUGAAAACAGACCCUGGUACCACAAGGACUGUAUUUGGUGUAGUGUAGCUUAGUCACCCACACUAGGAAUUAAACCCUUGUCUCACACACGAUGUGGUAGCUUACAAGCAGGUAGUGGUGUUAUGUGAUUAUCAGCUGACUCUAAUUGUGAAUAUGACGUGUAUGUUAACACGCUCCUAGUCUAACCUUAGUUAAAGAGUAUCAAAUCCUAUUACCUGCACGUCAUCAUCACUACUGAACCAAAAACAGAAAGACACGUGUUUCAUAGGUGAGAAAAAAAAUUCUUGAGCGCUUAAAAUAGACCUAAAUUCCAACCUGAUGAUUUUUCAUGUUUCCGAUCUUGAUUGUUUAAUAGUAGCAUAAUUAAAUAUAGGCUGCUGGUAAUAAAAUUACAAACCACUGCCAGUGCUAGGGUUAUGAUUUUACUUGAAUCCUCAAAUGAUAGUCUUUUCUGUUUAGGAUUUAGUCUAUUGAAAAUGAAUGGGUCUUUACUUCACUAGGGAAUGAUGCAAAAUGAGGCAUAACUAAGCUUUCUUAAAAUUAGACCAGAACCUGUAGUUUAUAGUUUUUUUUUUUGUUUUGUUUUUUUACUUUUUUUUUUUUAUUUCAUUGUAACACUGUCACAAAACCAAAUUUCUGCAUUUUUACAUUUGAAUUUAAACUGCUUUGUACCAUUAAUCAGUUAAUUUAUAUAAAAAUAAGGCAUUGUUAUGAUUUUUGAGAGGUUUUACCUAAUGAGACUAGUGCAAUUUAAUCUGUACAUCAGUAAUGUCAAUAACUCUCUUGUGUCCUUAGUCCUGCCCUUCACUUCACUUGGCUGUGCAGAUGAUGAGCUGUGUGAUCAUUGCAGUGUAGGUCAUUCUCUGUAACGGUUCUCAGUUUGCUAAAAGCUCAGUUUUAGGGUUUAUUUUCACUGUUUCAAAUCAUGUAGAAUCUAACGGUUAUUGUUUUGCAUGUAGUGCACAACUACAUAUACGAUAAAUGGAAGUGUUGGCUGCUUUUGUGAAAGGUAUGCAGAAGUCCAGAGCAUUCCAGGUACAAAUCCUGUGGCAGCGAGUGUCGCAGUGUGAUGGCGAGUGUCGCAGUGUGAUGGCAAGUGCUGUACAUGUCAAAAAUAUAAUUGCAGUAGCAGGAAACACUAGCUGUCUUCUGUCUUACCUUCUUAAACCCAAGCUCAGAUUUCUCGUUCACUUCUGCAGCUUAUUGGAUAAUUCAGUGUAGUCACUUUGUGCUCAGGAAAUGUCUCAUAUUUAACUUAUCAUAUUUAACUCUCAUCUUUUUUUUUGCUACAUAUCGCCUUUGUCUUUUCUUUUACAAGAGCUCUGUCAUAACCUUCUUCAUUCUUGAAUAAAAAAUUGAUCAUUUUGUGGCGGA